AAAAAAUGGUUCAGGUCAUAAUCAUAAUUCAUUACUCGGAAGCAUCACCGUUCUCCGACCAUGACAACGAUCGGAUUCCGCCUUAUCUCGGUUCCAUCCGCCGUCUCACCACUCUCUCUACUUUCUCAUAAACCGAGGGAUGAUCAAAGCCAAGCGCUACGCCAUAACCUUCCGAUUACAACAUCUCGCCGAGGCCUCACUAUGCUCUCAUUUCUCUCUGCGAUGCCGUCUCUGUUUCUACCUGCUCCCGCCACAGCUUUCGAUAUCGGCAUUUCAGGACCAAAGGAUUGGCUGAGAGAGCAGAAGAAGAAGGCCUCCAGGUUCCUCUUGGCUCCAAUUGAGGCCUCCAGAGACAGCCUUCAUGCAGUUUACCUUAUGCUUUCCAAUUAUUCCGAUUACUCAAACAAGGAUAUGGAGGACGUUCAAAGAAUGCUGAAGUCUGCUGCAAGGGAUUGCGUUUUGAAGGACAGGAAUUCGUUCGUUCAAUUCCAAGCGAGCACUGGAGUCGAGGUCUGUACAUUUCAAUUGAUUGUGAAAAAUGCCGCCUCCUUGCUUGGAAACGAAGAUCCUAUAAAACUAGAAGCUGAAAGUCGAUUAAAAGAUCUAGUAAGCUCGUUCACUUCUCUUAAUAGUCUUGCAUAUGAAACUGAUAUUCAAGUCAAUUCCAACAGACAAAAAGUACUGGAUGCAGUAAAUGAUACCAUAGAUUCCCUCGACAAAUUCGAGAAGGGUAUUAAGGAUUGUCUUGAAAUUUAAGUCCCGUGAUUUUGUUUUGUAAUUAGAUUUUUCUUAUGUUAAGUCCAAACAAACAACAAUUAAAUGAAGCCAAAAGCAAAGUUUUUAAGCUCAUUCUCUAGCUUCUUUAGUGAUAAUUCUAGUGCUUGAAAGUUGAAUGCA